AUGAAUCUGGUCGACCUGUGGCUAUCCCGUUCCCUCUCCAUGUGUCUCCUCCUCCAAAGCUUUGUUCUGAUGAUCCUGUGCUUUCAUUCUGCCAGUAUGUGUCCCAAAGGCUGCCUUUGUUCUUCCUCUGGGGGCUUAAAUGUCACCUGUAGCAAUGCAAACCUCAAGGAAAUACCCAGAGAUCUCCCUCCUGAAACAGUUUUGCUCUAUCUGGACUCCAAUCAGAUCACAUCCAUCCCCAAUGAGAUUUUUAAGGACCUCCAUCAACUGAGAGUUCUCAACCUGUCCAAAAACGGCAUUGAGUUUAUUGAUGAGCAUGCAUUCAAAGGAGUAGCAGAAACCUUGCAGACCCUAGACCUGUCUGACAACAGGAUUCAAAGUGUGCACAAAAAUGCUUUCAACAACCUGAAGGCCAGGGCCAGAAUUGCCAACAACCCCUGGCAUUGUGACUGCACUCUCCAGCAAGUUCUGAGGAGCAUGGCAUCCAAUCAUGAGACAGCACACAAUGUAAUUUGCAAGACUUCAGUGUUGGAUGAACAUGCUGGGAGACCAUUCCUCAACGCUGCCAAUGAUGCUGACCUUUGUAACCUCCCUAAAAAGACCACUGACUAUGCCAUGCUUGUCACCAUGUUCGGCUGGUUCACCAUGGUGAUCUCUUAUGUGGUAUAUUAUGUGAGGCAGAAUCAGGAGGAUGCCCGGAGACACCUUGAAUACUUGAAAUCCCUGCCAAGCAGGCAAAAGAAGGCAGAUGAGCCUGAUGACGUUAGCACUGUGGUAUAA